AUGUCCACAACAGGGAAUUAUACGCCUGACCACAGCGCUCUUCUGGUCCGUCCGUGGACAGUUGUGCAGCUGUCGCAACGUGAUGUUUCGUCGCAGAUACCUCUUAAUCAUGUCGCGCAUCCAGGCAUCGAUGUGACCUCAGCUUGUUUUGGAAAUAAUAUAUAUGAAGAACAGGCAAUGGUGAAAUGUAUUUCGAACCUUUUAGCUCUUGAUAAUCGCCGUUUCCAUGUCGAUCUAUACUGGUCCACAGACUAUCGCCGGUGGACUUUUUGUCCCGUUACCGUCAAUUCCCCUGUGCCGGCCUCCACUGCCAAAACCCGUGUGCGCAGCCGACCCGUGUCAGUCCUUGCUGAUGAUGUUGGAUCGCAAUUGUGCUCUCAAUCUCUCGAUGUCUCCAUAUUUCUCAGUUUAUUACGCAAUUACUUUUCCGACACGAACGAUACGCUCAAUGCUCACAUGUUAUAUAUUCUACUUAAUGUUCAUUUUGCUGCGUCAUCGAACUCCUCUGAUGAGCCCAGCAGUGCACCAGCUCGUGACAAGCUUCCGUCUGGUCGAGAGCUUCUUGGAUCGCUUUUCCAUGAAGCUUUGGGGCCGUAUAUGUACACUCCAAAACUACUUCAGGACGAGAGAGCAAACCUGAACCAGUCGUGGUAUUCUGUUCCCAAAUUCGCCCACCCCAUAGCUGAAUAUUUUACGACUCACAAAGACUCGAAAGAUGUCCAUAGCACUCCUGAUGGCUGGCCAUGCGAAGCCUAUGUAGAAAGACGGCGCCUAAGACGAUUUCUCGUCGGCUGGGCCAGUGCAGAUGCUCAGAUGGCGGAGUAUGAUUUCAAUGGAGACAGCAAUCUUAUUUUCUCUAUGGGCUCACUCGCAAGAUCCCGAGGAGUUACCAUAUCUAAUGGCAGUGAUGCAAGUGGUGAUUCUAUAAUCAAAUCUGGGUGUCUAUUCGACCGAAAAUCGACAGACCCUCCUGAUCUGAGCGCUUCAUGGCCUGAAUCAACCGUCACUGAGCAAUUUGAUUCUUAUCCUGUUCAUUCGUUGUGUAGUGAGUUGAUGGCCUGUGGUAUCUCACCCAUAGUGAAUUCCACACUUUCCAAUGUGACAGCCGAUGAGAAUUUCAAACCGUAUAAAAUCGCUUCACAAUCUUCGUCGUGGGCCUGGGCGCAAGGCCAGCCUCAUCCAGAUGAUUCUCCUACAGAUCUGUUUCUAUCUACUCUUAGGUGUGCUCGGGCAGAUGCUUCUUUCAAGGGACGCUGGUUCCCCGCAAAAUGCUCUGGCGGUCUUUACGGAGCAUGUCGUGUUGGAAAUGAACCGUUCCAAUGGACCCUGACACGCGAGCAGGUUUCCUAUGGCUCUGUCGCAGCUCACUGCCCGGAAAACUCUACCUUUUCUGUCCCUCGUACAGGCCUCGAAAACACAUAUCUAUACCAGUACCUCAUCUCCCUGCCCAAGAAUAUGAUCGACCCGUCGUCUGAAGAUUAUGACUCGCGUAGUGUCUGGAUAGACCUCAAUUCACGCGAUGUGCCCACUUGUUGGGUUUCCGGGGGCCCUAAUGCUCAGUGUCCGUACGAAGUGGACGAAGCCGCUGUUCAACGGCGGACGGUUCUUGUUCCUACGGUUGCAGCUAUAAUUGUGUUGGUCAUUGCCGCGUUGACAAUAUUUGUCAAGUGCAACUCCAAUCGCAGGAAUUCGAGGUGGAAAAGGAUUAUUGAGGGAUGGGAAUACGAGGGUGUUCCCUCCUAG